GUUUACAACUUUUAAAUAUUGACAACCUUGCCUCUGUUUCCGAAACUUGGUAGCAGCUGAAACCCUAACUCUCCUCAAUCAAAUCCCGCGGUUCGUCCUUUUCACUACUUUCACUUUCUCCCUCUCUCGGAAGCUCGCUCGCUUUCUCACUCAGGACAAAAAAGAUGAGUACUGGAGAGAAAGGAUCAGCAACUACGAAAACACCAGCAGACUUCCUGAAAUCAAUCCGUGGACGACCAGUCGUUGUAAAACUCAAUUCUGGUGUUGAUUAUAGAGGCAUUCUUGCUUGUCUGGAUGGAUACAUGAAUAUUGCUAUGGAGCAAACGGAAGAAUACGUAAAUGGGCAGCUUAAAAAUAAGUAUGGUGAUGCGUUCAUUCGUGGAAAUAAUGUUCUUUACAUUAGUACAUCAAAGAGGACAUUAGCCGAUGGCGCAUAAAUAUCAUCCAGUUUUUAGCGUUCAUCUGUAUUCAAGGUUUUUUCAAUUGGUUUGUCAUGUUAAGGUUCAAAGGAUAAUUUUGGAAGUAAGACUGUAGUAGGAACUUAUAUGUGCUCUGCCAUGAAGUGUCGAAUGCAUGAUUUUAAGAGCGACUAGAGUGUAUGAUGAAUGAUAUUUAGAUUUUCUUUCCUUUACAGAUGAAUUUGCGCGGAAAAGUUUGUCAAAAUGCAUUGUUUUAAUGUGGAAGCCAAAUUUUCAGGAAA